ACUUGUCCCACGGUGAAUAAUCGUACCUGAAACGUGGUUGGACCCGUUAUUGGUGGCUGUGCUGGGACCGGAAACAUGAGAUGUUAACGGGGAUACGUCAGGUUCACGUAAUCGCCAGACGUGCUGCAUCGCACAGCGUCGCCGGGACACCUCAGUAGCGUAAAACCCGUGGAACCCGGUGGAACAUUCGAACAGGGAGGAGACAACCGGGUGGCUGUGAAGAGGGACCACGAACGUCAAGCGAAGACGAAACCCGGAGAGACCGGUGCGGGCCACCGGGACACUCUCGAGGCCAGUUUCCGCCUCCAGGAUGUCGUACACCAAUCGAUUCCCGUCGUCUCAGCACACCCGUUAUCGCAGCAGCUGGGGACCCUCGUCGGUGACUGUGUUCAAUCGCGCCGACGUACCGAGACCGUCGCCGGAAGAGGAAGAGUUCGCCGAGUUUUAUCACGAGCGUCUGCACUCGGCCCAAAGCAGACAGUUGCUGCCUCUGCAGGAGGACCUCGCCGAUUGGAUCAAUAAAACGUUAAACUCUGAGUACGUAACGGGAGACAACUUCUUCGACGCCCUCGACAAUGGCGUGGUGGUGUGUCGAUUGGCGAGAGUCAUUCAGGAAAAGGCAAGGGUGGCGAUCGAUGCUGGGAGAGCGAAAGGGUCAAUACCGGUUAUAAGAGGACGAUGCUGGGAGAACGCAGCGAGACGAAGUUUCUUUUCCCGCGACAACAUGGAGAACUUUAUCCAAUUCUGCCGUCGUCUAGGCGUUCACGAGAAUCUCCUGUUCGAGAGCGACGAUCUCGUUCUCCACGGGCAGCCACGGAACGUCGUGCUGUGCCUAUUGGAGGUGGCUCGAUUGGCUUCGAUCUAUUCCGUGGAGCCACCGGGACUCGUGCAGCUCGAGAGGGAAAUUGCCGAGGAACAAGAAAGGGAUCUUCACUGUUUGUCCGAUAGCGGUAUAUCUCACAGCAGCCUGGUUUCGUGGCAAUUCCAAUCGCCGUCACCGACCGCGACGCCCAGACCACCAGCCGAGAAGAUCAAACACAGCAGUUCAGCAUCGGAAGUGGCGUCGUCGGCGACACGAUGGUUGGAUCCAACGAAUGGCACGACCCUUGAACCCGAAAUGCGGAGGUCGGUCAGCGAUAAUGGGCCACAAGGGAGCGAUGGCGUGCCCAGUGAUACCACAGAAGACGACUGGUCCCGUGGCAGCGCUGAGGAUCCCGACGAGGUUCCAUCACCGUCCAGUUCACCUUUGCCCUCGCCAGCUGAACCACCCAUAACGGAACUCGAUCGCAAGGUAAGGAGAGCCACGGAGGCUGUUCAAAGACUCUGCCAGUGUCCCUCGGAAAAGUGCUCCAAGCUGAGGGUGCGUAAGGUUGGCGAAGGACGAUAUCACAUCGCGGGUCGAAAUGUUUUCAUCAGAUUGCUGAAGGGUAGACACAUGAUGGUCCGAGUGGGCGGUGGCUGGGACACAUUGGAGCAUUUCUUGGCGAGGCACGAUCCCUGUCAGGUGAGGACCCUCAACCGCGAGAGCACGCCGCCUUCACCCCACGGCAACAAGCACACCAACUUUCUUCCCAUUCGCGCCAAGUAUCGCAGUCCUCCGCCGGAAUUCGUCUCGGCCCGCUAGCCUAAAAGCACAUUGCCUAUUACAUGUCCACGCUACUUCACGUUCAUCCUGCUGUUAG